AUGAAGUUAUAAGUGGACUAUGUUUGAAAUGUUAUUAAAGAAAAAAAUGACGAGAAGCUUUAAAAGAAGACCAGAAUGAUGAGUGGGUGAUUUUGGAAGUGAUCAACACCGAGGAGGAGGAAAACUGACAUAAAAGGAUAGGCUACGGAGGGGGGAAGCUGUGACUGCACGCGCUUAGUGGUCGGAGGAACGCGCUGGGUCUCCGUCUUGAGUAAGUCGCUGCUGAUGCAGCACGCGCUGCCAUAUUCUAUUGAUCGGCAGCUGCGGCCCGACCCCACCCCGCCCGCCUCAGCCUCAUCUCCCCCUCUCCCCCACCUGACCUCCCAGUCAGUCAGCACCAAAGCUGCGGGAAAUGGGCAGCCUGUCGUUGCUCUGGUCAAUGUCUUCGAGUGCUACAAGUCCGCGGACCACAGGACGUUUGGCCUGGUCCGAAAACGGAACAGCGACUCCGCUGCAGAAGAGCGGAGAGCGAUAGUUGCAAGGGGUUACGUUUCCUUGUUUAUCAUCGAGCGCCGCUGGAGGUCGCUGCGCGUCUGCUGCGGCAAAUGAAUGGCGUGCAGCAGACAACCCGCGCCCGGGGUUGUAGAGCUUGUUGUGUGAGUCGUCGUCUGCUGCAGCCGUGUGGGGAUUAAGUCAACAAAUUCUUUCCAUCGAGGACCGCCUCUUGACGGCCUUGAAAACCGCAUUGAAGGAGACCUAGCGAAAUGGAGGAAACAUUAUCAAGCGGUCGUGAACGUCAGCACCCUUGUUCGCGCUCUGAGCUGAGUGUCCACAAGAAGACGCGAGAGAUCCAGCAGUGAAAGGAGAAGUGCUGGCAGCAUUUCAGUUCUGAACUCUUGGCCGUCCUUCUAACACCAAAACACCAAAAGAUCUUUCAGGUGCUACAUUCUUCCAAAACUCGCGAUGCAGUCACAGUUUUCAGCAUUAGGCGCGCUGCACGUGCUGCAAGGCAUCCUGUUCUGGGCUCUUCUGCAGAGGUGCCACGCCUUCCAACUGGAUGGCACUAACAAGUCCUAUGCAAAGUUCCCUGCCUGGGAGCCGUGUCUUAAUGGCUCCUUCAGCUUCGACUUCAUGACUGGGCAGCCGUAUGCCCUUCUCGUGUACCUGGACUAUGGAGGCAUUCACUUCCUGGAGCUGAAACUGAUCCGGGGCAGCGUGCAGCUCCGCGCCAACUUCGGGGAGGGCACUGUGACCAUGCUGGCGGGGGAGAACCUCGACGAUUCUCGGUGGCACGCGGUGGAGGUGCGACAGGACAAUGAGAGGACUGUCUUGACUGUGGACGGAAUCACGCACGUUAAAUCUGCGCCGGGCAAGAUGGCAGACUUCCGGGACGUCACUUCCAAGGAGGCCUUCAUGUUCGUCGGCGGUCUGCCAGUCGAGUACGAGUCGAGACUCAACAUUCUCGCCGUCGCUUCGGUCGUUUUCGAACCCAGAUUUAAAGGCUCUAUAAGGAAUUUGUUUUACAGAUUUUGUGGACGCGAACAGCACAGACCGGAAAUAAUCGACUCUGGAGGAUUACUUUCUGUGGGUGUAGAGUUGUGUGAGCGAGGAAACCCUUGUUUGAACGGUGGUGUUUGCUUAACGACGAACAGUGGUUUGGUCUGUGACUGUGCCAGGACAGAAUUCAAAGGCGAACGAUGCGAUCUUGAGAAGAUCCCUUCGGAUGCCACAUUUUUCGGCGCUCAGUACUUCACCUACAACCUGUCUGGCCAAGGCGAUGGACUUGUAAGUAACCGUGACAGCAUAUCCUUGGACUUCCGCACCAAGCACCCCGAUGGCCUUUUGUUUUACACAGGGAACGUGAAAGAUUACUUGAACAUCGCUAUUCGCGAUGGCGCCAUCAUCCUGGCCAUCAACCUGGGCUCGGGGUCACUGGAGAGGGAGAUCAGACCAUCUGGCCCGCGCUUUGAUGACAACCUGUGGCACCAGGUAGUGGUGCGGCGCGAAGCUAGAGAGCUUACUAGGGACAGGGGUGUUUAUUAUAUUUCCUUAGAGGUUGACGGCAUCUAUCAGGAAAAAGGCAGCACCACAGGCAACUUCAAGCUGCUGUCUAGCAAGGCCCUGUACGUGGCCGGAAGUCCAGACACCGCCAACCUCCCUGGCUCUCGCGUCAACGCCAACUUCCGGGGCUGCAUGCGCAAGGUGCGGUACAGGGCCGAUAGCGUAGAGCUUGACCUGACGGAGCUGGCACGCGCGGAACACGCGCUGCUGAAGGUCAUCGGGGGUGUCAUCUUCGACAAGUGCCAGGAGCUGGUGGACUCGCGCCCUAUCACCUUCACCACGCCUGAGUCCUACCUGACCAUCCCUGUGUGGUCCGCCGGCCCGGAGCGCGGUUCGCUGGCCUUCCAGUUCCAGACGGUGGAGCAGCACGGAGUUCUGCUGUACAGCACUGGUGCCGCCUCCGGCAACCCAGAUGUCUUCGCUUUGGAGCUGCUGGACGGCUACCUCCACCUCGUCAUCAACAUGGGCUCUGAGCCUAUCAGGCUCAAGGCCAGCAGGCAGCCCGUCACUGACGGAAGCCCUCACAUGGUGUACUUCGAGUACGCAGCUAACCGCGGGUACAUCUCAGUUGACGGCCAGAAAGAAACCUUCUCCACCUUUUCUCACCUGGACAGGUUCGACCUCCAAGGCUCUUUCUUUAUCGGGGGGAUCAGUAAGACCGCGGAGGAGAUCCCACUUCCCACAGAAAUGUGGGCCGGCACCCUUGGUUACGGGUAUGUCGGGUGCCUGCAGGACAUGGUGGUGGACGGUGGCAGGGUGGACCUCGUGCGAGCGGCGCAGAUCCAAGGAGUGGCAGGUGUCGCUGAAUACUGCCAGGCCAUGGAGCCUCAUUGCACGAGUCGUCCCUGUAUGCACCAGGGCCAGUGCACCGAGGGCUGGAACCGUUUCACUUGUGAUUGCAGAGCCACAGGGUUCAUCGACAGCGUGUGCCAGACGGCUGCUGCCACCCUGCGGUUUGAUGGAAAACAGUUUGUGAAAGUGACAGUGCCAGAAGAGUCCCACACUCAGGCAGAAGACAUCUCGCUGAGGUUUCGAACCAUGCAUCCCAACGGUCUUUUGUUUAUGACUACCUCCGAACGGGCAGAGGACAAAAUGGAGCUGUACUUAAAAUCGGGAUCCAUUUUCCUUGGAGUGGACGUGGGCAGUGGACACAAGGUCCUGUCGGUGGGUCACAGUCUGAACGACGACCGCUGGCACACCGCAUACAUCAAGCGCCGCGCGCAGACCGUGGAGCUCAAGAUCGACGUGCAGCGCCCUGUGACAGACAUAUUGCCCGGCCCGGAAAGCUCGCUGUUCAUCAAAGCCUUCUAUGUUGGUUACCACGCAGUAACCAACUCGGAACCUGAGAUAUCCCGAAGGGCAGCAGAACUUGAGUUCCGUCGGGUGAACAUCGGUGACGUGCUACAAGAUGACAACAAAUCAAACGCUUUCUCUGGCUUCAUUGGCUCCAUGCAGCAGUUCAUCUUCAACCGCAACCAGUUCUUUGACAUGGCCCGGAGCGAGAAGAUCGAGGUGACCGCCAAGCUCAGCACCAACGGCCACGUCAUGCACGACCCUGUGACAUUCAAGUCCACAGACGCGUACGCCGUGCUGCCCAGGCUACAGAUCCACGACAAGUUCUCCAUCUCCUUCCAGCUAAAGACAACAGAGACAGACGGGCUGCUGAUGUACAACCCGGGCCGUGGGCAGGACUUCUUCGCCAUGGAGAUGACAGGUGGUUUCCUGUACUACGUCUACAACAUGGGCGCCGGCACGCAACGCAUUCGAGCCAACGUCAACGAGAAGUUGAGCGACAACAAGUGGCACGAGGUGCAGCUGCUGCGGACCGAGACUUACAAGCAGUUGCUGCGCGUGGACGACAAGACACCGACGGUGGACGACCUGUCCGGUUCCAGCGCUAUCCACUUCGACCUGCAGGGCCACCUCUACAUUGGGGGCGUCCGGAAGACAAUGUACCACACGCUGCCUAAGAAAGUGGAAGCUCGCUUCGGCUUCAUGGGAUGCAUCGACUCCCUGUACCUGAACGGCUACAUGGCUAACAUUCAUCGGGAUGCCAACCCUAUUCAUGAGUCAGUCGUUGACGGCUGUCAAGCUCCAGCAUCGCAGUGUCAGAAUGACUCCUGCGCCAAUGGAGGUCGCUGUGUACAGCAGUGGAAUUCCUUUUCCUGCGACUGUGACAUGACCUCUUUCAGUGGCCCAACAUGUCAGGCUGAAAGCACGACAUACAGAUUCGGGCCAGGGUACGGCUUAAUCAAGUUUGCUCACCCCGCCGAGAACCUGCCAUCCACGAAUCGCGAGAAUCUGGCGCUGGGCUUCAAGACCAGGUCUUCAGACGCCGUGCUCGUCCGCAUCGACAGCGCCACCUACGACGACUACAUCGAGCUGGAACUGAACAAAGGCAACAUUGUGGCGGUUUAUAACAUGGGGACAAUGGAUUAUCCAAUCGGAGAAAUGUUUGACAAGGUGAAUGAUGGGAAAUACCACGUGGUGCGCUUCACGCGGUCUGGGCCCAAUUCCACCAUCCAGGUAGACAACCUUAUGAUGCAGACCAAAAUGCCAAGAGGUCAACAAGCACACACAUUCAACAAUCAAGCAUUUGUUUACAUUGGUGGAAAACAGGAAAAAAAUAAAACAGUAUCACGUCCAUUUCAAGGCACUAUAUCAGGUCUGGUUCUAAAUGGUAUUAAGAUCCUGGAUCUGGCAAGACAAGGAGACAAAAGGAUUUCUCUGGAAGGAAAUGUGACGCAUGUCAAUGGAGGCCAUCCUUUCACUGAAAAGAAGUCAAAGGUUGAUGAUGUUUUGGAAAUGCAGUCAACACAGGGAGUUGGGAUGAAAUCAUCAGGAAAGGGCCAAGGUCAGAUGGAGAAGUCAGAUGCAGACAAGCUGCAACAAGCAAACCAUCUGUCUGGUAACUGGGGUUCAGCCCUCCAAAUAACAAAAUGGUGGAGCAGUUCCAUACCACAUAAAACGCAAAACAAAAAGCAUAGACGUCAUAUUCUGCAAGGAAAGGCCACAAACCAGCCCAGCACAGAGAAACAUGAACAUUUCCAUGGCCAGCCAUCAAAUCCAUCAGCAAAGCAACAAGACAUGAAAAAAAAGAGAAGUCAGUUUCGGGAGAUUCACCAGCACCAUCAUCCUGAAAAUGAACCAGAAAAUGUGCCUGAAGUUUCUGAAGAAAGUGACAUUCCUACAAGUUCUCUUGGCUGGCAUACCAGUGGGAGACAUCUAACCAAUGGAGGAAUUGUGGGGGGUUUUGAGAACACGAAUACAGAGACAGAAGAAGAUGUAAUCGCGGAAAAGUCUUCCUACAACCACGAAGACUAUGAUUAUGAUGACCAUAAGGACAGCAAGCCAGAGUCUACAUCACAGCGCCAGACAGUUGAAUAUCGAUGUGCUUUUUCCGGGAUGGCUGGAAAUUUAAUUAGUCUUGAUCAAGAGGAUGAUGAGAGUGAAGAAACUGGUUUUGUCCGCCAGGAAGAAGGUAGUGCUGAUGAUUUUGAAGAUUAUGAUGACUUCAAAGAAAGUAUUCUUCAGAACAGCACAUCUGCUACGACAACCACGUUGACCUUCCUCUCUAGCAGUGAAAAAGGUGGCACAGAAAAAGUGACAACAGCAGUGAUUCUUCCUUUUGUAGUGCCAGAAGUUGCUACAAUGUCAAGUCUUCUGCAUGUCACUGUGACCUCAGAUGGACAUCUUCUUGAGUGGGAUGUUUCGACAACACCACAGAAUGGUGUGACAGAUGAAAUAAUCUUUUCGGGUGGAGGUCCUUGCCCUUAUGAUGAUGAAGACGACUGCACAGCUACAGGCUCAGGAACUGAUGAUGACAUCAUCACACCAUCUGUCAUUAUCAAGACCACACCACCACCUCCCACUACAACAACUAGUGAUAAGAGAUUGUGUAAGGAGGAAAACUGUCCGCAUUCUGCUAGUGAGCUGGAACAGCCAACAGAAGACAUAUACGUUUCAACACCGGAACAGCCGAAAGAAGAAGUGUCUGAGAAACCAACAGGUGAUACAAACAAAACACUGAGUUCUGGAGGAAGCAGUGGGCUUAAUCUUGGUCUGAUCAUAGGCAUUGCAGUUAGUGUCUUGGUUGCUGUGGUGAUCCUGUGUAUUGCACUGUACAAAUUCCGCAGCAGGGAUGAGGGAACUUACAAAGUGGAUGAGAGUCAGAACUUCACUAGCCUGGAUAGCAAAAAAAGUCAGCAAGGGAAUGGCACACUGCUCAGUUCUAGUGAUACUGGCAAAAGAGGAGGCAAAAAGAAAGAUGUAAAAGAGUGGUAUGUGUGAAGAGUGUUUGAUCCGUUUUCCUGUGCUUAUCUUUCACCAUUUCUUGACAGUAGAUCUGCCAAGAGAUUUGAAUUUAUUGUCUGAAAGAAUACAAAGACAAACUGCAUGGUGCAGAAAGUAAUGUAUGUGUUCUCUUCAUCUCAGAAGGUCAUGGGUUUUUAGUUUUUUUUCAUUGUUGAUGUUUUCAGUAUGUUUGUUCACGUUGGAGACUUGUUCCUGAGAGCAUGCUUUGCAGCAGGUUGUGAAAAACGGAUAAGGCAAUAAAAGUGAGAUAAGCAUGUGAAGUAGAGAACUUGUUUUAACUGUCGACAUGAGGGCAUGAGGAGUCAAAGUAGAAUAGUAUUGCAGACUGGCUAAUGAUGUAUCAUUACAUCAUGAUUACAUCAGGGGUGCACCUCAGUCAAACAGCGAGAUAUAAUCAACAUUAUUUAAUUUACUUUGCUAAAACAAUGUUUUCAUGCCUGUGUCUACAUAGCUGUCAAUAUUUGUCUCAUCCAUCUUCCUUGAAAGAUACUUAUUACUUACUUUACAAAAAAGUAUUCAAACGUGAGGCAACAAGAGUAGGGCCACAAGGGGGUUUUAAUGGCUGUUAACGUGUGAGUAGCAAACAUUAUUGCUGUCAGCACUUAUGAGGAAAUAUUCUGCAAUAGUUUUUGUGAACUGCUGAAGUAUCUCUUCUCUAUAAACUCAUACCAUUUACUUUUAAACAUUCUGUUGCUUUUUUUUUAACUUUGGUUUUUAAAUUUAUUACAGAGAAAGUGUCAUUAUGUGUACUCAAGUGUGUUAUUGCUUAGUGAAUGAUGGCAACAUCUUAACUGUGCUGUAUAUUGGUUUUUAAAUUUUGACAUCCUGAUAUACAUUUAUUAUAUAACUAAACUAACAAAAAAAAUGUGUAAUAAUUUUUACAACCUCCAAGUAUUUAGUAUACUUCAGUAAUGCAGUUCAAAUGUCCAGUGAGCACUGUUUGUGGUGUUGCUAUUUAUCUCACAAGAUUUUUUUAAAGAAAGAUUUCAAAAUAAUUUAUAAGACAAAUCAAAGAACUCACUGCUUAGCAGGUUCCUCUACAUUUGAGAUUUUUAAAUGAACAUUAUCAAGGUCUGCCAGUAACUGAAUCUCAAUGUUCAUAAUAAAAGCAAUACUUUUUCCUUGAUGCUCAAACCAGUGUCAAUGAAAGCCAAGAAAUUAAAGAUGUUAACUAAAUGUUGUACUAAAGAAUUAAACUAUUAUUUCUUUUCUCUGGCAUAAUGGUAAAGAAUAUUAAUUUUAGCUGUGUUACCAAAACUGCUCUUAGCCACUUAGCAUUCAGCUCAGUGUGUGUGUGAGAGAAAGACAUCAAAUGAAAGAUUGUGUUCAUAAAUGGACAUGUGUAUGUAUGCAUUUGCAAGUUAGUCUCCCAUUAAUGUUACAUGCACAAAAUGCAAUCAGCAUUCUAAAUUAAUUAGUUCUUCCUCUUGAAAUAUAGUUUUCUUUUACUUGAAUCAUGUAUAUAUUAGCUUUGCUGUUUUUAAAGCUUGUUUAUGUUAAUUAUCAUGUGUUCUGCUGUUUUGGGUUACAAGAAUAGUUUUGGUAGUAUGAUCAUUUAUGUUUAUAAGCAUUCCAAGUGGUAACACAUUUUUCUGUACUGAGGCAAAACGCUGUCACAAAAAGCAGUUUUUCAUGUGAUGUACAGCUUUACUGAAAAUGUUCUCUUUAAAAUGCUAAUUGAUACAAGUAUAAAGAUACAAAUUGCUUAGUUAUAUAUUUUAUAAAAAAAAUUUAUAUUAUCUAUAGAAUUGUAUUCUCCUGUAAUUGUGAUGAUUGUAAAUAAUUUCUAAGUAUCUGCAAUCACAUUUAAAGAUCAACUGCUAAUGACUCAAUGUAUUGAGAUUAACUACUAAAUAAAAUUACUUCUGUUCCACUCAUUGGUUUUAGAUGUUAUGAUUAAGGUUAGGAUCCUGUAUUCAUGAACACUUAUUAAAAAUGUAAACAACCCUUAUGAUGUAAAGUCAAGUAUGUUUCUCAAGAAGUAUUUUUAGGUAAAAUAGCCAUUCCGAGGCACAAACUGUUGCAUAAUGUUUGUUUUCACUCUAUAAUUCAAUGUGUUGCAAAAGUAUAGACAUACCCAUAAAAAUUAUACAAGGCUUGUUAACAGAUAAUUGUAAACAAUAAUUAAAAAAGAUCAUGGAUUAUAAAUAAGCUGAGAACUGAGCAGCAGUUUACUAAUUCUGAUAGUGUCAGCUUCAACCUGAGCAGAAGUAUAGAAAACAUCUUUCUAGCAUCCUAUCCUUACCUUUUCUUGAUUACAUUAAUAAAUCUACCUGGAAUGCCACAAAUCUUUAGGAAUUUCUUGCCAGGUUUUGAUGAUUUCUUCUUGAAAUAGUACCCAGUUCUAAGCAUUCUGCAUAGUAUCUUGAAACAGUUUCUAUCGCCUUAAGAUCUGGGUUUCCUGCUGGUCAGUCUAUUAUAUUCAGUCAUUUUUAGUACACCUUGAUACAUAUAUGGAAAGCAUGUUGCAAUAAAACUAUAAACAUGUGGGUGAUGUUACUCAACAUACUGUAAUAACAAAGAUGAGUAGGUGAUACGAUUUGAAGUUUUAUUUACAUCAGCAGUGUGACUUCAGUUGUCCCAUCAAAGAUAAGCCCAACUCAAUCAUACCACUGUGGAACCACCACUUGAUAGCUGCUUAAAAAUGUUCCUUUUCAUGAAUAUCGUGCUACUUAUACAGAUAACCACCAGGAAAGCAGACUUUUGUUUGAUUAAGUCAUAAUACUUGAAUAGUUAAGAGCUCAAAUACUAAAUAUAAUGAUUCACAUACAAUUGUAAAUUCUUGUCUGUGCCAGAACUUUUCCAUCGAAGCCAAAUUUCUUGUGACUUUUGCUCCUUUGCACAAAUUUUUGGUAUUUUUAUAGGAUUUUUCAGUGAAUAGUAUUCCAUUUUCUUCUGAAACAUUUCAAAAGCUUUUUUACCUGAGUUUUCUCUUUAAUCACUCUAUUGCUAAAUUUCAUAUCUUUAAGGGUUAAUUGUUUGACUAAGUCAUUCCUUUUUCAUUUACUGAGACAAUCUUUUCCUUUGGCAGGACAAGUUAACCUAAUUAAUAAUGGCUAUUGUUGGCUGAAAAUCACACACAUUUCCUCAAAAAUAAUAAUUUUAAUAACAUUCAUUUAUUACUAACAUUCAUAAAUAGGACUUUGUUUUGAACAUUUGUUAAACAAAGAUUGGUAAAAAAAAGCUACAACAUGUGGCACUUCUACUUUUUCAGCACAAUGUACUCGAAAACUUGUAUUAACUCUACUUGAACAUUAUUAAUUAGUUAACUCUACUUAAGAACAUAUUAGGUUUGCUAUCAUGCAUUUGAAAUAUGUAGCAAUGGCAGAUUGCAGUCUAGAUUCAUUUUAAAAACAGAUCAGCACAAAAAAAUGAUUGCUCAGGAAUUCAUGUGCCAUUUAUAACCCUUGCCAAGUCUUACCAGAAGAAUUCCUCCUUUGUUUCUUUCAUAACCCUGAUUGAAUUGAGCUGAAUUAUGUUGGAACCUUUCUAUAAGCACUAACAAUUAACAGGUAAGAAGAAUUUUAAAAUGAAAGGAAUAUUGUGAAAUCACCAAAUAAUUGUCCUCUUCAGCCCAUUGUUUUUUUAAUUUAUGUCAUUUACUGUGGCUUCAUAGAAAUGUUGGUUCCAAAAUAUUUCAAAGAGUGCAUAAAGAUUCAUUUGACAACACGGCAGUUGGGGGGAGCUGAAGUGGUAAAUUUUCAACAAAUUAAUUCAGGUGUGAGGGUAUUCUUUUGGAAAUACUGCCCAAAUGCUUAAGAUUUAUGGACACAUGCACACUGCUGUGUAUUGCUGUCCCUACUGCCUGCCAUGUAACUGUGUAGCAUUUCUCUAAUAAUUUUCAACCAACGUCAUGGUGCCAAGCUAUGACAAAGGUGAGAGGAGUGGAGUUGAGAAUGUUUUAAUGUUUGGGUGGUAAAUAACACAAGUGUUUGGACAGAAAAUAAACUCAAUUUACCUUGUUUGUCCUACUCUUUUUCUUUUCUAUAAAUAAAAUAAUUUAGCUGUCACAUUUUUAUACACAAAAUGUCAAAUUCAUUAAAAGAAAAAAAACACUACAGAAGUUGGAUGAUACAUUCUGAUUGCUCCUUUUAUCUCUAAUUUCAAAUUAAAAAAGAUUAGGAGAAUACUUUCACAAAGUAUGUUAAGCAUGUAUUUAUAUGACCCCCAGAAUUUUUGUUAUGUCACAAUCUUCUUAUUUUUGAAAUAUGCAUUUCAAUAUAAAUUAGAGCUAUCUUUUAGUUGUGUUACCUUUCAAUCAACUGUGAUUGGGUUGUAAUCUGUAAAGUAUCUUUUUCUCAGCUGCUUUGAUUGUAGUCUUGUCCACUGUGAGCAAAGCAGCUGCAUAUUCUCUAUACAGCUGUAACUGUUUAACAACUUACAAUAAUGAAAGGUACAAGCCAUUGUGAAUGUGUGAGUUUUGUAAAAUACUGUGUUGAGUAUAAUAAAGUUUUUUUGUAAUAUGAUAAA